AGACAGAUCUAAAUGACGAGUUGAACGCACUUGUCCUAGAUAUGGAUGAAACGUUGAAAAUAUACGAUUCUGCACAUUCUGAUAAAGAGACAGAUCUAAAUGACGAGUUGAACGCACUUGUCCUAGAUAUGGAUGAAACGUUGAAAAUAGUUGACACAGAUUCAAAUGACGAUAUGGAAACAGUUGACACAGGUUCAAAUGACGGUUUGGAAACAGUUGCAAGUCAAAAGGACCCAACAUAUCUAGCGUUGUUGAAACAAUUUCCUUUCAUUGAAAAAAGUACGUUGUUUUUUUUUAAACUAACUUUUAAUUGUCUGUGUUUUAUUGUGAAUAGCAGUAACUAUCGCAGAAUUGAAGGGAAAGAAUAUUCUUACCUAGUCUAAAAGUAGAUGUCAAAUUUUCUUGUCAUGGGAUUUUUUCUCCAUUAAAAUCGAAUAUAAAACAAUAUACACUGUUACUGGUUGGUGUUGCAGGGACCUGUAAUGGUUUAGGGUAAGAAUUGAGUUCAGUGGAUAUGUCAGUAGAGGAAAAAGAGGAAAUAAAGGUGUUUAUUGCAAAAGUGAGGGAGAAUUUGGGUUGAGCCCUACAUGUCAAGAUUUCUACACGUAAAACGAAACAAAUAAUAACAGAGAUAAUGAAUGUAAACUCUAGCAUGAAAAGUAUUACUUUUUUAUUUUCAGAUGAAAACAUCAGGAGGGUCAUGGUUGCUCUUCAUAAACUUCAACAUCAGGAGGUAAAAUAUGUAAAGCAAGUUCAAUCUAAAUUAACCUUAAAAAUAUCAAAUAAUUUGUUUUUAAAAUGUUCUUCAGUCAUAGAAAUAGAACGCAUGGAGUGUAUAUGCUGUAGUACAAUAUACGGCGUAUCCAUUUUAUAGGUAAGUAACAAGGGUUUCUUAUUUAGACAGUGAUUAGUAAGUAAUUACAAGUGAGAAUAGAUGCAUAAAGUGACAAACAUAGCCAAAAAAAAUGCCUUCUCUGUCACCUCAAUAGAUCAUAAAAGGAUAUGGGAGACAGCUGUCGUUGUUUGAAGCAAAAUUGUUUCCAAAAGUUUUACGCUGAAAUCUUUGACGAUACCAACCACGAUGCUCCGGAAAAAAUAAUUUUGAAUUGAAGAAGCAUUUUUGGAGAGAUUUUCAGAUCCUGGCAGAAUUGAGCGUGACAUUCUUGUGUUCCAGAAUCCUUCUGAUUGUAAUCUUGACAAUGUGCAAGUUUAACAAUAGCUGGAGCUGAUUGAUUUACAAGCAAAUGAAUUGUUGAAGAUAUAUUACGCACCGUGCACAGAAGACGUUUAUUUUUGUGAACCAAUAAAAACUUAAAUUAAACUAUUAAAUUUUGUCUCACCGACAAAAUCAUUAAACUUUUUCCUUUGUAAAGUUCAUAAUUAGAAAUAAAAAGAAAGGCAAAAAUUGAAAAAGUCUUUUCUAAUUCUAUUAUUUUGGAAAAAAAAUUGCAAAAUUAUAGCUCACUAGGUUCAUAAAUCUGUAAGUGUAUAACGGUCAAACAAUGACACAAAACACCACUCCACCAAAAACCACAGAGAUAUCCAUAAAUCCACAUUGAGGCUCUAUAUAAAUCUUAAGUAACAGAAAGAUAGAUGAUAGAUGGACAGAUGGACAGAUGUAAAGAUGGACAGAUGGACAGAUGGACAGAUGGACUGAUGGACUGAUGGACUGAGGGACUGAUGGACAGAUGGACAGAUGGACUGAUGGACUGAUGGACAGAUGGACAGAUGGACAGAUGGACAGAUGGAAAGAUGGACUGAUGGACUGAUGGACUGAUGGACUGAUGGACUGAUGGUUAGGUUACGGUGAGCUCAUAGGUGGUUUGCUAGAACAAUUCUUGCUCGGAAUAAUCUAUGAUACCGCGGGCAUGGAAUAGUUGCUUCAGACGAUGACUUAAUAUUGCUCUUUCGGACAAGCCUGCGUGUCUCAGCUGUGGUUAUCCUAUUAGCUUCAUGAUAAGUAGCCGCGCCCCCUUCUUGACAACAGCUCUCCACAUGGCUCUGUCCUGGACUGUCUGCACCCGUUGAGUAGGGUUUAUGCUGAAGGCAGUCAUUCUCGUGCUGUCAAUCUGAUGUUACUCUAAGUCAAAUCUAGGACACACGUGUCUUACAUUCUAUGUGUUGUAGCGGCGGUGGAAUUUUUAUUAUAUUAUUUUCCUUGCUUACACAAAAGCUCUGCUCAACGUUUGGUGUUUUAUGGAGACUAGCUGUUGUCCAAUGCAGCAGAUCCCCACUCUCCACGCAGCCAGUGGAUUCAAGGGAAUGACAUUAGAUGCCGAAAUGACUUUGUAAUCAUCGUCAGAUCGACUUCGGGACUCCAUCUCUUGAUUUUACAGUUUGAAUUUACACCUGUAAUCUUAUACUAGCUUCCCGAAAUGAUUAUAUAUAUAUAUUGGUAUGACAUAUAUUCAACGCGAUCUUAAAUAUGGCUGAAUCACAAAUUUGUGUGUACCGACAUUGAUCAAAACGGUAAAGCGUUAUAUAUUUAUUUUUGCACAGUCAAGCAAAAAUAUCACCAGCACCCCGGGUAGAUACAACUCGUAACCUGGGAUGGCAACUCAUCUAAGAGAAGUAAACUCUGAAAUCAAACCCGGAGAUGGAGUACCGAAAGGCGGAUAACAUUGGUACAAUGAAACAUUCCGACAACUCCUGCGACGCCCCUGAUGAUCCAAUGAUGUUCCCUUGGGUUAUCCAGCGGCGUGGAGAGAGGCACGUUCCUGUUGAGAACCAGCUUAUAGUCCUUUAAGAAUAAUCUCAGGCCAUGUGGAUUUCGUCCUUCAAUGCCCACACCAUCGUCAAAUUGUGACGUGAGGAUGCCUGCAUUUAUUAUAUAUAUAUAUAUAUAUAUAUAUAUAUAUAGAGAGAGAGAGAGAGAGGGAGGCAUUAUAACAGUCAAAUUAAUUAAACAUAACGUUUCAACAUGAUUAUUAUCACCGUGGUUUACCCUUAAAUUUAACUAAAUACAUAUCUUGAGCUUUGUAAUUGUAAUUGUAGCGUUCUCUGGUUAAGAAAUAAAAAUGCUGUCUUUAAAGUAUUAAGAUUUAAGUAAGUUAGUUUUCUCACUUAACUCACCCUAAAUUAUUCUUAACAGCUGAAUCCCUAUCCCCACUACUUUAAAAAAAAAGGCUAACAAUGAAGCAAGUCACUUGUCUAUCACUGUACACAAAUGUUUUAGUUUUAUCUUGAGUUGUGUCGUUUAGUCUGGCCUAGGCUUUUUUAACUCCCAAUGUAUUCUCUGGCUAUACCUUGAACGUAUUUGUAGAGCGGUAUAUUCUGGUCUGUUAUACUGGGACGUAAUACAAGUUAGUUUUUUAAUGAAUUAAGUAAAUCAACUAUCUACAAUUCCUUUUUUUAAAUUAUUCUAUUGUUUUGAAUUGUUCAAAGUUCGAUAAAAAAUGUCCAAGAUAAUUUUAAUUUUUCAAAUCACUAUUAAAAUGAUGAUAUUAUGAAAUAUUAUUUGUUGGAAUUUCUUCACAGCUUUCAAACCCCAAGCAGUGUUAUCCUGGUCAGAGGUGUAUUUUCUGCGAUUACUACUUUUUGAAGAUGAUGGGAGAUAAAUAUAAUGGUAAAGCUUCGAAGUCCAUGAUCUGUGACGAAACAUCUGUAGUGUUCUUGGUGUUUUGUAUUAAUUGUGAUGAAGUGUUGCUUGGUUCUACUAUUGGAAAAAUGACAAUGAAAGAUCUUGCUGUGAUCAAUUUUGGGUUUAAUGGUAAAUUAAAAUGUGAACCACAGAACUGUCAUAACAGAAAAUCAUUAAAAUGCUUAAUCAUUAAUACAAAGAAUUUACCUCCAAACAACAACUUGUCAGUUUGGAAGAAAGAAUUAAAUGUGGAAGAACUUGAUUUAAAGCCUGAAGUAUUGAAAUUUAAUGAAUCGCAUGAAUUGGGUUUUUCUGAAAUUAAGAAGCUAAAUCUAGAUAUAAAAGAACUACCUUACGAUUCUGUUUUUAUUAUAUAUUAUAUCAAAUGUAAACACUGUGCCAAAUAUUACAUUGGUAAAACAAGAGAAACAUUUUCAAAAAGAUAUCCCAAUACUUUUUGUGACAAUUAUACAAAAGGUGCCUUUCACAAACACACCCUUGGAGUAAAUUCCGAGUGCACUGUUCGAGAUUUACAAUUUAGAGUGAUUUAUUCACUAAAUGAGGAACAAACCUUUUUUCUACACAAGUGGACAUACAUAUUCAACAAUUGUCCUAUUGAUCUCAAGAAGAAAAUAUCGUGGGUAAUUGAAGUAGACAAGUCAUCAAAAAAUGACCUGAUGAAGAUUGUAUGGGACAAUCACACAAAAAAAGAUAUCAUAGACCUUAUACAAAAGCUGAUACAAAGAAUUAAAGCUUCAGAUGAAGAGUUUAAUAAAGAGGAAUAUAAAGAUAUGGACGCUGAAAAAAUAUUGAGAGAUAAAAAUAUAAAAUGGAUAAAAAAGACUAAGGAGAUAAUUUUUGAGAAAAAGGAGAAACUCUGGAUGAAUAAAUUUAAAGAAAAAUUUGGUGCCGAAAACGCUCUCAAUCUAUAUGAAAUUGCAGAAUCAAAGAAUGAGUCUGCAAGCUUGUAUUGUGACUUUUACGAAAAAUUACAAGUGUAAAAACUGAAAAUUAAAAAAAAUAUAAAUAUUAAUUCAAUUUAAAAAAGUGACAACUUCUAUGACAAUAGGAUCAUGUAGGUAUUUACCGUUUAAGCGUUUUCAAACCAUGUACUCCUUCUUGUUAACUAAAUCCAACAAAUGUCCCAUUAGAUAAUAAAAUGUAUUAUAAAAUGAUAUAAUUUCAGACAUUUUUAUAAUACAUUACUGGCCAAUAUAAUCGGCAGUGCUCGCUUUCGCAAUUUGUAAAAUAAAAGUCUUAAAGUGUUAGCAGCUUAGACGCAUAUAAGGGCCUUACACGUAUUUCCUUCUGAUAAAUGACGUUAUAACUAUGUUGGCCAUGCAUGAUGAAUUACACCAGACCACAUAAAACGUAUGCUGUAUCAAUAUUUAAAAAUGUGUAGGGGCUUGAGGUAAUACAUAAUAGUUUAAAAGAGGUAUACAUGAAUGAACCUUUGGAUUCUUGUAUAUAGAUUUUAUUUUAAUUUAAGACUAUUAAAAAACCCAAUGUACAUAUCUUGAUGAAUAUGACGUUUAAUGGUUUUUCUCUGUUCAGACCAAAUUUUUCAAUAAUUCAAUAAUAUUACCGUGUCAGUAAAAAGAUGUAGACCGGAGCUUGACAUUUGUGACAUUUAAGAAUCUUACAAUGAAUUCACAUGUAACUUAUUUGAUAUAAAAAGGGACAUUAACUAUGGACUGCAAUUGUUACGAGCGUGACUAAGUGUACUUUUGAGACAGUGCUAUAAUCAUCAAAUGCACUCACUCAUACAAUGGCGAAUUUUGACUAAUUGCAGAAAGGGCUUCAAUCGAAAAACUUGAUACACUCCUUUUUCUAUGAGCGCAUUAAAAAAAGAGUAUCAUAAUAAUGAAGAAAAGACCCCCCUCCCCUCCAAACAUGGGCGGUUUACUCAUAUAUACAACAAACAUAUUUUAUGUACGCCCCUGAAAUAUGCGAUAAUUUUAAUCUAACGUUCAUUUCACCCUUCCCCCAUCCUUUUUAUAUCGGAAUGAGCUAUUGUUUCUCAAAAUAGUACACCAUGUAUUUCCAUCUAUUUAAAGGAUAUAAUAGUAUUGAAACAGUGAAUCGAUAGUAAAGAAGUAUUCGAUACCUCUUUUGAACGCGCCUGUUUCUUUGUCAACCUUGAAGAAAUCUCGCGUGGGUCAAACUUACGAGCGCCCCAUGCAAAUCUUUAAUACAUUAUUGGUGGAUAUAAUUUACAAAAAGGCCACUAUCGACCACUUUAAUCCCCAUGAGGUACACCUUUUGUCCCGUUUUCAGUUACAGAUCCCGGUAAAAUCUAUUUCAAUGUAUAUCUCAUUGUUGUUUUCAUAGUUAUAUUAAUACAAAUAGUUAAUUGCAUAUAUCUCUUUGUUAUAAUUUUAAAUGUAUUUAUAUCAGUAAUUGAUGGACUUUAUCUCUUUUGGUACAGGCAAAUGUUAACAUAAUAUUUAUUGCAAUUUUUUUUAAAAAAUGAUACGAAGACCUGUUUACCCACAAACUCUUAAAAUCGUACAAUAUCAUCACAAAAUCGUUCAAUACAUUAUCUUAGUAGUAAAAAAAAUAACAGUGUAUAUAAUGUAUACACCUCAAAAUCGUACAUUGUACGCCAAAAUCGUAAGAGUAAACAGGUCUGAUUCAUACGUGAUAUCCUGUCUGGGGUGAUGUUUUGUUGUGUGGGGUUUUUGUGGAUGAUUUUUCAUUAUGUGUGGAUAUUUUUGGGUGAUAUGUUGGUGAUGUUUGAGUGUGUGCUUACAUGCUUUUGCAUUCAAUUUUGAAUUUAAAUAAAUUAAUUUCCAUUGCUAGUUGUAGCGUUUGUAAUUUUCAUUUAACUAUUCGUUUGUAAAAAAAGAACAAAAUAUGGG